AGGUUGGAUUCUGCGAUUCUGCACGAGCGCGAUUAUUCGUUCACUUAUUUUGGUUUCAAAACUCUGGAGCGCUCUUAUCUUUUGCGCAUAAACGGCGAAGUAUCUGAACGCCCGCAGCACAUGUUAAUGAGAGUGGCACUUGGAAUUCACAAAAAAGAUGUUUACGCUGCCAUCGAGACGUAUAAUUUAAUGUCGGAAAGAUGGUUCACUCAUGCAACACCUACAUUAUUCAACAGCGGUACCUGUGUACCACAAAUGAGCUCAUGCUUUUUGCUGACAAUGCUCGAUGAUAGUAUUGAGGGCAUUUUCGAGACACUGAAGAAAUGCGCAUUGAUUUCGAAAAGCGCUGGCGGUAUUGGCUUAAAUGUGCAUUGCAUCCGAGCAACUGGCUCAGUGAUCGCUGGGGUAAGCUUCCUUUUACGGCUCCCUUACGCUUGUAGCGGAUAG